UAGAAAAUGGGUUCUGAAUCCGCUCUUAAACUUCCUGUGAUUGAUUUCUCCUACUCGGGGGAACCAGGCACUCCCGAGUGGGACUCGUUGAAAGCCCAAGUGUGGGAGGCACUCGUAGAGUAUGGUUGCUUCGAGGCUUUCUUCAACAAAGUUCCGUUGGAGCUUCGAAAUUCCAUGUUGGGUGCAAUUGAAGAGCUUUUUGACCUCCCUUUACAAACAAAGCUAAGGAACGUUUCUAAGAAGCCCUUUCAUGGGUAUGUAGGGCAGUACCCUAUGGUGCCUCUAUAUGAGAGCAUGGCUGUUGAUGAUGCAGACAUCUCUGACAAGGUUGAGAGCCAGACAAACAUCUUGUGGCCUCAAGGAAACCCAAGCUUUUGCAAUGCCAUACACUCAUUCACAGAGCAACUUUCGGAAUUGGAUAAAGUAGUCCGGAGGAUGGUUGUGGAGAGCUUGGGUGUGGAGAAAUACUUGGAUGAGCAUAUCGGGUCAACCAACUAUCUUCUUCGGGUCAUGAAAUACAAGGGUCCUGAAACGACCGACACCAAGCUUGGCCUAAGCGCGCACACAGAUAAAAACAUAGUUACCAUUUUGUGUCAAAAUCAAGUCGAUGGGUUAGAGGUGAAGACUAAAGAUGGUGAAUGGAUCAAUGUCAAACCCUCCCCACACACUUUCAUUGUCAUGAUUGGAGAUUCUCUGCUGGCAUGGGCCAAUGGUAGAUUGCACUCUCCACAUCAUCGCGUCAUGAUGAGGGGAAACAAGGCAAGGUACUCAGCCGGAUUGUUUUCAAUCCCCAGAGCAGGAUACAUUAUAAAAGCCCCGGAGGAGUUGGUUGAUGACGAGCACCCUUUGCUAUUUAAGCCUUUUGAUCAUGUUGAGUUCCUAGCCUUCUACUACACCGAGGCUGGCCAAAGAGCUGAGUCUGCUUUAAGGGCUUAUUGUGGUGCAUGA